AUAAGCUGUUUUUUUCCAUGCGAAGGAGACUUCAGUGACCUUAUCUCCACAGGAGGUACCUAAGAUGAAAAGUAUUUAACACGCCUCACCAGCGAUGGGACGGCAUUGAGCUGUUUGGAAGCUCCUCGUAGCAAAUGAUGAAAAGCAUUACUUUAGUCUGUCUUCUUCUGUGCACGGGAGUUUCUUCCUUCAGAUUUGAGGAGUUGACACAAUAUGUGAACAGCCAUGAAGAGGAAUUUAUCGAGACUCUGAGACAGUGGAUCGCUGUGGAGAGCGACUCCAGUGAUGUUACGAAGCGAUCCGACUUACACAAAAUGAUGGACAUGACGGCAGAGAAACUCAGACUCAUUGGAGGAAGUGUGGAGAUGGUGGACAUCGGGACGCAGGAACUGGCCAAUGGAAGCAGCAUCGCUCUGCCCAAAGUAGUCACAGCUCGGUUCGGUGAAGACCCCAGCAAACGUACCGUCUGUGUUUACGGUCAUGUGGACGUCCAGCCGGCCAAGAAAGAGGACGGAUGGGCAACAGACCCUUACGAGCUCACAGAUAUCGACGGAAAUCUCUAUGGAAGAGGAGCAUCAGACAAUAAAGCACCAGUGUUGGCCUGGAUCCAUACGGUGGAGGUCUACAGAGCCCUGAACAUCGAUCUGCCGGUGAACGUUAAAUUCAUCAUUGAGGGAAUGGAGGAGACCGGCUCUAAUGGCCUGGACGACAUGAUUGUGGCUCAGAAAGACUCGUUCUUCUCAGAUGUGGAUUAUAUCAUCAUAUCUGACUGUGUGUGGCUCAGUAAACGUCCGGCGCUGACGUAUGGGACCAGAGGGAACUGCUACUUCUUCGCUGAGGUCGAGGGACCCAAGAAGGAUUUACACUCUGGUGUUUAUGGAGGAACGAUAAUGGAGCCAAUGACGGACCUGAUCGGCAUCUUAGACAAACUCAUCAGCCCCAGCGGGAAGAUCCUGAUCCCCGGCGUCAGAGAAGCGGUCGCACAUCUGUCUGACGAGGAGUGGAAGAUGUACCAAGACAUCGAGUUUGACCUGGAGAGCUACAAGCGUGACAUCGGCCUGAGCCAGCUCAUGUACAGCAACAAGGUGGAUCUUCUCGCCCAUCGCUGGCGUCACCCGACCGUGACCAUCCACGGCAUCGAGGGCGCUUUCUCCUCACCGGGCACCAAGACGGUCAUCCCAGCCAAAGUCAUCGCCAAGUUCUCCAUCCGCCAGGUUCCUAACAUGGAUCCAGCUGUGGUGGAAAAACAGGUGACUGAUUAUUUACACUCGGUGUUUGCGAAACGCAAGAGUCCCAACAAACUCAACAUCACGAUGGUCAUCGGAGCCAAGCCUUGGCUGGCCGAUCCCAAACAUGCGCUGUUUGAAGCCGGAAAAGCAGCGGUCAAGAGAGUGUUUGGUGUGGAGCCGGACCUGAUCCGUGAGGGAGGCACGAUUCCCAUCGCCAGGAGCUUCCAGGACGUCACAGGCAAGAGCAUCAUCAUGCUGCCCAUCGGAGGCUUCGACGACGGCCUGCAUUCACAGAACGAGAAGAUCAGCAGAUUCAACUACAUGGAGGGAACCAAGCUGUUCAUCGCCUAUCUGCAUGAAGUGUCUCAGAUCAAGGAGCACUGAUGUGAAGAUCUCCUGCUGUUCUCUGGAACAAACAAACAUCUCCAUUACUACUAACAAAUAUAUUUCUCUGUGCUGAUGCAUAUUUUGACAGAUUAAUGAUGCUGGAACAAAUUAAAUGAGUGUUUUGCAA